AUUCGGAGGCUUUGGCUGCGCGUCUUGCUACGGAAUCUAUGGCAACCGUCCCAGUACCAGUCCCAGUACCGGGCCCCGGUGGCAGGGGCCAGCAGCACGUGCAGGAUCUCGAUGACUUGUUUCGCUGUGGAAUUUGCUUUGAUUACUUCAACAUCGCAAUGAUCAUCCCGCAGUGUUCACAUAACUACUGUUCCCUUUGUAUCCGGAAGUUUCUUUCGUACAAGACGCAGUGCCCUACCUGUUGUGUGGCAGUUACAGAGUCUGACCUCAGAAAUAACAGAAUAUUGGAUGAUCUGGUGAAGACGUUUUACUUGGCCAGGCAGCAUCUGUCCCAGUUUAGCUUGAUUUCUCCACCGACACCUCCGCAGAAUCUAUCCAAGGGCAAAUUGGAUGCUACCGCAUCCCAAGGGUGCACAGGGAAACAAAUAAAGCAAGAGAAUAAAUUAAUGGACACAUUUCUGGUGAAAACAAGCACCCCAACAUCCAAAAGAACAGCCGUCGCCUCUAGGAACGCUCCCUCCAUGUCCACAGAGACGUUGAAAGAAGAAUGUGUGGAGAUACCGUGCUCGGAGAAGGACGCUUGUGGGCCAGCAACACCCUCCACAUCUACCAUGAAAGUACAAGUGAAAGUGGAGUGCCCGGUGUGUGGUGUCGGUAUUUCGGAGCAGUAUAUAAACAAACAUCUGGAUAGCUGCCUGACCAGUGAUGAAAAGAAGGAGAGUCUACGAAGUUCUGUUAACAAAAGGAAGCCAAUGGCCAAAGUGGUUUACAACCUGCUGUCCGAUCGCGACUUAAGAAAAAGGCUGAAGGAGGUCGGCCUGUCCACACAUGGGUCUAAGCAGCAGAUGAUCAAGAGACACCAGGAAUUUGUGCAUAUGUACAACGCGCAGUGUGACUCCCUGAACCCCAAGUCAGCUUCUGAAAUUGUUUCCGAGAUUGUAAAUAACGAGAAGAUUCGCUCAUCUCUGGAGGCAAAACAAGAAAGUGGUAUGACCUUCAGCAAAGACCAAACCGAAGAAGAAAUAGAUGAAAUCCACCAACAAUACAGAAAGAAACACAAGAAUGAGUUCCAGCACCUUAUCGAGUCAAUGAAAGGCCGCUGGGGGAAGAAAGGAGGAAAACAAAUAAAGAAGGAACCCUCUGAGGAUUGCAAGAAUAACGGAGGUAAGUGUCAAUCAGAAUAACAUUGUAAGUAAUUCUCUCUUCCUGUCACUAUACGUCGGAGGGGUAAGUCAUUAGUUU